GAAAUUUAUUUAACUCCAUAGAGCGAAGAAGAAGAAACCUCGUUGACUCUAGCAGAAUCUGAUCCCACUUUUCUUUGAUUCUCAGACCAAAAGUUCAGUCAAGAGUUGGAAAUGGAAGGGACUGUGUUCACGCCUUGUUUGGAAGGAAUGAAGCAUGUCAAAUCUGAACAAGGCGAGAUGCUUACUAUGCCUUUUCUUGACCUCUGCAAGACCCUCUUCCCUGUUUUAGAUAAGUUUGGAGCUGCUAUGACUAUCGUGAAAUCUGACAUUAGUGGCAACAUAACGAGGUUGGAGAAGAACUACUUGUCUGAUCCAGAAAAGUACAAGUACUUGUACACCAUUGUUCAAGGUGAAAUUGAGUCAGGGACAGCAAAAGGAUCGUCUAGUUGUACCAAUGGUCUUCUCUGGUUAACCAGGGCAAUGGAUUUCUUAGUGGAGUUAUGCCGCAACUUGGUAGCACAUCAAGACUGGUCAAUGUCACAAGCUUGUGGUGACUCGUACCAAAAAACACUGAAGAAAUGGCACGGAUGGUUCGCUAGCUCUACCUCUUCUAUGGGUUUAAAGCUUGCUCCAGACAGGAAGAAGUUCAUGGAGGUUACAGCUGGUUCUGGUGACAUCAAUGCUGACAUGGAAAGGUUUUGCUCAGAGUUUGGUCCGUUCCUUCAAGAAAAUCACAAAUUUCUGGCUAGUGUUGGUAUGGAUGACAUGAAAGCUGCUUAAGCCACCAUAUGUGUACUGCCUGUCUGGUUUAACUUUUCUUCUUUGGAUUCUAAAACUUGUAGACCCUCCAAAAGAAACAGAAUAGUAUGUCCAUUUCUAUCUGAAUGUUGUUCACUUUAUACUAUAAAGUUUAUAGCUUACGAAUUAAUCUUCUCA